UGUUCAACAAUGGCUGAUGAUCAAUCUCUUCACUCUCCGAUCACACCACAUUUCUUCCAACCUCUCCUUCCCGGCUUUCACACUCACCUUAACAUUCCUGUAGCUUUCUUCUUGAAGCACGUCCAAGGAUUAAGUAACGACCACAUCAAGACUGCGAAACUGACAACAGAUGCGUCCACUAAAACUUGGUUAGUGAAGGUAGACGGCGUGAGACUCACAGAUGGUUGGGAAGAUUUUGCAGUAGGGCAUGAUCUUCGGAUAGGUGACAUCACCAUUUUCAGACAUGAAGGAGAGAUGGUGUUUCAUGUCACAGCUUUCGGACCAAGUUGCUGUGACAUUCAAUAUACUUCAGCAUCAUCUCACAACAUCAAUGAUGAUGGUCAAGAUCAGACCAACAAUACUGGAGAGAGGAGAAAAAGAGUCAAGAAGAAUCCAAGAACGAAAGAAGAUUCUUCAUCAGACCAUUCUCAAUUUGUGGCACAUGUCUCACCCUCUAGUCUAAGUUCUGAUCGACUGUAUAUACCAACGGGUUUUGCUAGGUCAAACGGUCUGAACAACAUGAGCGGUAAACAAAUUAUUGUUCUUCUUAACGAGGAAGGAAGAUCAUGGAAUUUGAAUAUGACAUACAACAAAGUAGGCAUGCAGACUUUUGUCAGACCUGGCUGGAGAAGAUUCUGCGCUGAGAAUGGGAUGAAAAAAGGGCAUCAGUAUACAUUCAAACUGGUCCGAAAAUCUGCACCACCGGUCAUCCGUUUGUCCCGGGCAGAACAUGAGUCAAAACUAGCUCCAGAAUCUUCAUUACAUCAUUCUUACUUUAUGGGAUCUGUCUCUUCUAAUAGCCUAACAACGGAUAAACUGUAUCUUCAGAGGCAGUUUGUGACUACAAAUGGCCUGGAAAAAGGACUCAGUGAGAUAACUUUAAAGAAUGAAUGGGGAGGAAGCUGGAUUUUAGGUUUGAGACACUACGAACCACACAACCAUACUUAUCUCGGACCAGGCUGGAAAACUUUCUGCCAAGCAAACGGGAUCAAAGCUGAAGAUUCAUUUAUGCUUAAACUGGUUGAAACUGGGGACACGCCUGUUCUCUUGUUGUGCAGUUCUAACCGUGGGAAAACACCAUUAGAGUGUUCAGAAGAUAGAGAUGAUGUAAACUCAGUCUCCUCAGAUACUAGCUGUGAAGAUGAUAGUAAAGAAGAAUCCCAAGAAAGUGAUAAGGAGAGUAUUGAAGACGAGGACAGCUCACGGCAAUGCAUCGUAAUGGAGAAAGAGAAGAAUAGCUUGAGAUGCAUAUGUUCAUCUCCAUAUAGUAAAUACCGUUUUGUGAGGUUAACUCUUACACAGAGCGCUCUUAAAACCUCUGUACUGUACCUUCCGUUGGCUUUCACGCGGAUGAACGGCAUCAACAAGCCAAGAAAGAUAAUGCUGUUAGGUAAAGAUGGAGUGAAGAAACAGGUGGUGGAUCUUUUGAAGAACAAAUCAAGUGGAACAAUGCGAAUUGGAAAAGGAUGGAGAGAGUUCUGUGACGCUCAUGGUGUAAAGGUAGGAGAGUCCUUUCAGUUGGAACUCUUUAGGGAGGAUGAAGAAUCAAUUCCUGUGCUUAAGUUCUGCACCACAACUUGA